CGGGGGUUUAGAUUCAGAGGAACUCGGGAUCAGUGGAUGAGGCGAUCGCAGACGACGAGAGGAUUUUGCCAUUGCGAGCUCGAGGCUUUGAUCAUGUGUGCGUCUGGUGGGGGCAGCACCUCUUCGAAAUUCGGGUAAAUUUUUGUAGCGGGGGAGCUCAUUUUCCCCGACGUGUGAUUUUGAUCGGGAGUGGGCGAUUUGGUUUGCGGAAGCAAUUCUCGACGAGGUGGAGGAGGUGUCGAUGUGGCUGCCUGCCAUCGUUUGCUUUUGUCUAUGGGAUGGCUGUGCAGAGCUGCUUCUCCGACCCUGAAUCGGUGGCGCAUUGUGUUUUGGGGUGAUUUUCUCGACGAAUUUGUUUGGCGGAUGAGUAUCGGUGGCUGACCUCACCGAUGGACACCGGUUCGGUCGAGAGAUUGAAGGUGUAGAGGAGGGAGUGCGAUCUGCCGGAUGCAGUUUUGUACUUUGGAAUGAGAGGUCACUUUUGCUGACAGGAAUGGCAGGCAAUGUUGCCAGAGGGCUGGCUAAGCGAAAGGCUGAGUUUGAGGGCUCAUCCGCCCACGAGAGAGAAGGAGCGAUGGAUGAUUCACAAGUCGGAGAAGCGCACGCACAAUCGCAUGGCAAACGAAACAGGAAGCGGGAAAAGAGGAAAGGUAGUAAAUUGGAGGAUCCCCCUGCACAAUUAAAGGGGGGCCGUGUGGAAAGUGUGGCUGAAAAACUGUUGGACCCGAACGAGGAGAUGGACGCAGUCUCUGAGAAGUUGACGGACAAAAAGAAGCCGAAGAAAAAGAAGAGGAAGAAGGGAAAGGCUGAAGUUGGAAAUGACCCUCUUCAAUACGGGAGCCAAGAAGUAACAAGGGAGAACCGUGAGAUGGUUUCAACAUCCAUGGAAACGAAGACCGAGCCGAAGAAAGAGAGAAUCAAGGAAGGAAAGAGUAAUGGCGAAAUAGUCGAGGAUGAAAUUGGGGCCCAACAAAUGACAGAGCUCAAGAAUGAACUGGGUUCUAGCAAUUAUGAGGAGGUAUCUCACAGAAAUAUCGUCCAGCUCGAAAGUGAGUUCAAAGAUGUACAAGGGCCAUCUGUUGUGAGGUGUACAGCUCCUGAGAAGAAAACUUCCAGUUUCGUGGUUCACGUCACCAGACCAGACGAUGUGGAGAAAGGUCGUGAAAAUUUGCCGAUCGUGAUGAUGGAGCAAGAAAUCAUGGAGGCAAUCCAAGACAAUGCUGUAGUGAUUGUGUGCGGAGAGACUGGUUGUGGGAAGACGACCCAGGUUCCUCAAUUUUUGUAUGAAGCUGGGUAUGGUUCGGGCCUUAACAACGAGCGAGGAGGGAUGAUAGGCGUCACUCAACCCAGACGAGUUGCUGUACUCGGAACUGCACGGAGGGUGGCUCAUGAAUUGAAUGUACAACUUGGUAGAGAAGUUGGCUUUCAAGUGCGCCACGAUCGUAAACUGGGCGAAAAGUCCAGCAUAAAGUUCAUGACCGACGGAAUUCUUUUGAGAGAACUACAGGGAGAUUUCCUGCUUAGGAAAUAUUCUGCUAUCGUGCUCGACGAAGCUCACGAGCGGAGCCUGAAUACCGAUAUUCUUAUCGGGAUGCUCUCGCGUGUCGUUCCACUUCGUCAGAAACUGUAUGAUCAAGAUGCCAAAGCUCGAAAGAAAUUGAACGUCGGAGGUGGACGAACGGAGCCAAGUGGUCUCGUGACGCCUCUCAAACUGGUGAUUAUGAGUGCUACGCUGCGUGUGGAAGACUUUACAGCAAAUUCUCGGAUGUUCCCCACUCCGCCUCCAGUAAUACGAGUACCUGCCAGACAAUUUCCAGUCUCUGUACACUUUAGCAAGAAGACAGAGCUUAUAGACUACAUGGGCGCAGCAUACAAGAAGGUGUGUGCUAUCCAUCGCAAGCUUCCUCCUGGGGGAAUCUUAGUGUUCCUGACAGGGCAGCGUGAGGUCGAAGAUCUUUGCAAGAAACUUCGGAAGGCAUUUCAACCUGGUAGAGCUAAGGGCGCCCGUGGAGCUGCAAGUGACGCUAAUGAUCUCAAAGAUGUUCUCGGCCGAAAUGAAGCUGUGGAGGCGGAUACAUUUGGUGGGCUCAACAUGGAUAAAAUCAGCGUUGCUAUGGACGAAGAUAGUCCAGUUGAUGGUCGAAGGAUGAACACCGAGGAGGAUGGAAUGAGUGGGGAUGAUCAGUAUGACAAGUUGUCUGAAAGUGAAGAUGAGAGUGACUUGGAAGCUAGCGAUGAUGAACCUUUAGGAGAAGAAGAUAUUUUGGAAAAACUUCGUAGGAAGUUAUAUCCCACAGAGGCAAAGGUUGAAAUCGGUCCUGCAGUUUCAGGUUCUCACGAGCAAAAGGACUCAUGUUCUUUAUCAUUUGAACUGAAAGAUCUAAGUAAAGAAGAAUCGGAACCGAACCUCAAAAGCAAGGAUGAUAAAAGCAAAGAACCUGGACCUUUACAUGUCUUGCCUCUUUAUGCCAUGUUACCAGCUGCAGCUCAAUUGAAAGUGUUUAGCGAUAUGCCGGCGGGGAGAAGAUUUGUUGUAGUGGCAACGAAUGUGGCAGAAACGUCCAUCACAAUUCCUGGGAUAAGAUACGUAGUCGAUUGUGGUCGGGCGAAAGAGAAGGAGUUCGAUCGAUUCAGUAGAGUCUCCAGGUUCGAGGUGCAGUGGAUAAGUAAGGCAUCCGCAGAUCAGAGAGCUGGCAGGGCAGGUAGGACAGGUCCUGGGCAUUGUUAUCGACUCUAUUCUUCCGCUCACUUCAACCACAGUUUUCCCACCUUCGGUAGACCAGAAAUUCACAAGUCACCAAUCGAAGGUGUGGUACUGGUAAUGAAGUGCAUGGGCAUCGACAAGGUGGCGAAUUUCCCGUUCCCUACACCUCCCGAUAGAGCAGCAGUCGUGGAGGCGGAGAAAUGUUUGAAAUCAUUGUCCGCCUUGAACUUGCGGACAGGUUUGCUGACUCCGAUGGGUCAGGCUAUGGCAAAUUAUCCCAUCAGUCCUCGACAUUCUCGAAUGUUAUUGUCCGCAGUUCAGGAAGCCCAGGAGCUUUGUCUGAAGGCGGAAGAAGCCGAUGUAAGUCUGGCGUUGGCGUAUGCUAUUGCUGUAGCUGCAGCUCUUAGUCUGGAUGAUCCUUUCUUGAGGGAAGCGGGUAUUACAGAAGAAGAGGAAGAAGAAGCUCCCACAGUCGAACCCGUGCGCCAUAAAUAUGGGGCAGUCGCGAGCGGUACUGCAGAUGAAGCCGACGUUUUCCACUCGAAUGCGGAACAGCAACAAGACUGGAUGGUAGCUGCGGAAAAGGCCAGGAGGAAAUUGAGGAGAGCUAAAGCAGGUUUAGCUCAUUCAAAGUUCAAGAACAUGUCAUCUGAUGCAAUAUCAGUUGCCAAUGCUUUGAGAGCUUAUGACCAAGCUCAGAAUCCAGAGCAGUUUUGCCAGAGUCAUUACCUGCAUAGCAAAACUAUGUCCGAGAUGUCGAAGCUACGAAAACAGCUAUGGGGUUUGGUCAUGAGCAACAUUUCUGACUCCAAAACUAAACUGGGUGUGACUGAAGUUCCCGAUGGAGGUGACCUUGUAUGGAAUGGUGAUAUUUUAGCCAAGAGUGAAGCUUGCUGGCAUGAACCGUCUGAAAAAAGCCUGAAUCAACAACAGGAAGCACUAAUCAGACAAGCAAUAUGUGCUGGAUGGGCCGACCAGGUUUCUCGCAAGUUGAGCUUGCAGGAAAGAGCGGCGAUACCUGAUGCUCGACACAAACGGAAAGUUGUGGCUUAUCGAGGUUGUUCUCUGGAAGAGCCCAUUUUCCUACAUCCUACAUCGGUCGUGUGCAAGGAGGCUCCAGCUUUUGUGGUGUACAACGAGCUUGUCAACACUUCCAGGAUAUACAUGCAACGAAUUUCCGCAGUGGAACCCACGUGGCUGGUCAGACAAGCCGAAGCACUAUGUACCUUCUCAAAACCCUUAAGUGAUCCAGCACCAUGGUACGACCAACUGGGCGAUGAGGUGAUGUGUUGGGUUACCCCUAACUUCGGAACGCAUGUGUGGGAACUUCCUCUCCACAAGAUGCCAUUAAAAAAGGGGAAGCAUCGGACAGCAGUAUUCGCCAGUGCCUUACUGCAAGGAAAAGUUCUUCCUUCUUUUAGUUCUCUGCACUCCUGUCUCACAAAUGAUCCCAGUAUAAUACUUAAACCGGAAUCACAGGCACUCAAGCGAGUCAGUGACCUGCUACACAGGCUUAGUAGUAAUAUGGUCGACACAAGAGCCAGUCUUCGAGACUGCUGGACCAAAGAUGCCCAUUUUUUGUACUCAGAGAUCAUGUCGUGGGUCCAAUCCAACUAUCAGGUGAAAGUUAAGGACAUUUGGGAGCAACUUCGACAAGAGUCUCGCAUGGACGGGGAAGAGCUGUAUAGAAAGAGUGGAAGGUGAUCUUUCGACAUGAGCGUCCAGCGACGGUGGAGCAUGGCCGGUCUCUCGGUGCUAAUCGAGAAUGGGCAGUGGGUUCAUCUCUAAGGGUCUCCAGGGAGGUUCGGGGACUUGAUCGAACUGAGCACGCCGGACGGUUGGUUCCCUCUUGUUCGAGGUGUGAGUGCUUUUGUGUGAAACCUCACAUGUUAUGGACUGAACCACCGACUGUUUAUGAACAUGAGAUCUUCUGGAGCAGCAGGACUAUCUGGUGGAGGUCGUCUUGACAAGGUGAGCUUCAUAGUGCGAUCAAAGACCUUCAGCGAAAGGCAAAAGAGGGCAUUUUUGCCACGUGGGUGUGAUCGAACUGCAGACGAGCAAGUAAGAAAUUAUGCAAUUAAAGUAUGUAGCAGAAGACGAAGAUUGUUCGCAACAACAAAAUAUUGGAACGAGUAAUUUCCAUGAGCUGAUUUUUUUGAGUUGAAGAGCUCUCUCGUUGCCGAGGAGUGACUUGAAUGUGAGAUCUUUUGUGCUCCUUCCUUAAGAAGGUAGGGGAGGCGGGCACUUAAUAAUAUCUACAAUUUCUGUACAUUAUGUGCUGAUGUAUCUGUCGAAACCUUCUGACCCGUGAAGGUCAUUCAGUGGAUCACAAUUGUAGGAAGACUCUUCACUUCUCGUUUCCUUUCUGCUAGAAGUAAUAUGAGCUUGGCGCGACGUAAUUCAAAAGGUCAUGAAGACUGUUUUCACGCCGAUCAGCGAAAUACUCGAAGUCAUAUUUACGAAAGAAUGCUCUCCGGUUGCACUUUCGGUAAUCUGCCACAUAGUGAUAGUAUGAAUCUAUGCUUCUUUGGGUUUGGUCCUGCUGGAAAACACGAGAGGUUGUAUAACCACGUCAGGUCGCAGUUCCUGAAUG